GGCGGUGACGUCUGCGCGCUCACGAGGAGUCCUUGCGUUUGUGUGCGGAAGAGCAAUCGACGCAACAGACGCAGUGUAAGCGAUCCUCUCCGGACUGAGAGUCAACAGCGGCACGGUAACCCCAUACUGAUAUUCGUCGCAAGACAGCAUGAGUUCUGCGGGGCUGGAGAAGCUGCGGAUGACGGGCGCGGGCAGAGCGAUCGCCGCGCUCACGAGCGGAGGAGACGCGCAAGGUAUGAACGCAGCGAUCCGCGCUGUGACCCGGAUGGGCAUCUAUGUGGGAGCCAAGGUGUAUCUGGUUCAUGAGGGUUAUCAGGGGCUGGUAGACGGAGGAGACAACAUUAAACUGGCCAACUGGCAGAGUGUCUCCAAUAUAAUUCAGCUGGGAGGAACGGUGAUCGGCAGCGCGCGCUGUAAGGCCUUCACCACACGAGAGGGCCGUCUGGCUGCUGCCUUUAACCUGGUGAAGCAUGGCAUCUCUAACCUGUGUGUGUGUGGAGGGGAUGGGAGCCUCACCGGGGCCAACAUCUUCCGCUGCGAGUGGAAGGGACUCCUCGAUGAGCUGCUGAAGAAAGGUCGAAUCACAGAGGAAACGGCCAAGAAGCACGGACACCUGAACAUCGUGGGACUGGUGGGAUCGAUCGAUAAUGAUUUCUGUGGGACAGACAUGACCAUUGGCGCUGAUUCGGCCCUCAACCGCAUCACUGAGCUCAUCGACGCCAUCACCACCACAGCCAACAGUCAUCAGCGCACAUUCGUGCUGGAGGUCAUGGGCCGCCACUGUGGGUAUCUAGCUCUGGUUUCAGCUCUGGCGUCUGGAGCCGACUGGCUCUUUAUCCCAGAAGCCCCUCCUGAGGACGGCUGGGAAGAGCGCAUGUGCACUCGGCUGGGAGAGAGCCGCAGUAAAGGAUCCAGACUGAACAUCGUCAUUAUCGCUGAAGGAGCCAUAAACAAAAGCGGUGAACCCAUCACCUCCAACUACGUACAAGAUCUGGUGGUGUCGCGGCUGGGAUAUGACACGCGGGUCACCGUUCUGGGUCACGUUCAGCGCGGCGGGACGCCCUCAGCCUUCGACAGAGUGCUGAGCAGUAAGAUGGGUGUCGAGGCCGUGGUGGCCCUGCUGGAGGCGGGGCCAGACACUCCUGCCUGUGUGAUCGGCCAAUCAGGAAACCAGGUUGUGCAUCUCCCACUAAUAGAGGCAGUGGAGAUGACUAAAGAGGUUCAGAAGGCCAUGAAUGAAAAGCGUUUUGAAGAUGCCAUCCAGUUACGUGGCAGGAGUUUUGAGAACAACUGGAACAUUUAUAAGUUGCUGGCUUAUCAGAAACCUGCUGCGGUCCCGAGCCAGUACUCGAUUGCCAUCCUAAACGUGGGCGCUCCGGCCGCGGGGAUGAACGCUGCGGUGCGGUCAGCUGUGAGGGUCGGUCUGGCCACAGGACACCGGGUCUACAUCGUCAACGAUGGCUUCGAUGGUCUGGCCAAUGGAGCGGUGAAUGAAGCGAUGUGGAGUCAGGUGGCCGGCUGGACAGGUCAGGGCGGCUCUCUGCUGGGAACUAAACGAACCCUCCCAAGCACCUGCAUGGAGAAGCUAGUGGAAAAUCUCAAGAGGUUCAGGAUCCAGUCACUGCUCGUCGUUGGUGGUUUUGAGGCAUAUGAGGGCAUACUGGAGUUGGUGGAAGCAAGAGGAAGCUAUGAUGAAUUAUGUAUUCCCAUGUGCAUCAUCCCUGCCACCAUCAGCAACAACGUGCCAGGGACGGACUUCAGUCUGGGCAGCGAUACUGCGGUGAACGCAGCGAUGGCCAGCUGUGAUAAGAUCAAGCAGUCGGCCACAGGGACCAAGAGGAGGGUCUUUGUGGUGGAGACGAUGGGGGGAUACUGCGGUUAUCUGGCAACCACCACAGGAAUCGCCGUCGGUGCGGACGCCGCUUACAUUUUUGAGGAGCCAUUCACCAUUAAUGACCUCAAGACCAAUGUGGAGCAUUUGACAGAGAAAAUGAAGAAGGACAUUCAGAGAGGACUGGUGCUGAGAAAUGAGAAAUGUCAUGAGUACUACACCACUGAUUUCAUCUAUAAGCUCUACUCAGCCGAGGGUAAAGGCGUCUUCGACUGCAGGGUCAAUGUCCUGGGACACCUGCAGCAGGGUGGAGGACCAACACCCUUUGACAGAAACUAUGGCACUAAACUGGGCGUCCGAGCAGUGCAGUGGCUGACUGAGAAGAUGGCCGACAAUUUUAGACAAGGUCGUGUGUUUGCGAACACCUCGGACACAGCCUGUGUGGUCGGCCUGUAUAAGAAGGUUUUGACCUUCAGUCCCGUCACUGAGCUGAAGGAACAUACGGACUUUGAACACCGGAUGCCCAAGACGCAGUGGUGGCUGAACUUCAGACUCAUGCUGAAGAUGCUGGCCAAGUAUCAGACACCCUUCCAUGAGUAUAAGAAGGGAGAGAUCAGACACGUGACCCGACGCUCUCUCAGCAUAGAAUCUGGGUUCUAAAACCACAAACUGCUGGCACUAUCCUUCUGCUAACACACUAAACUGCCACUCCUCUGUUAAAACGGGUAGACGCCUGAUCCUUUAGUGAGUAAACGAGGCUAAAACUCCAGAUCUGUGCCUGAACCUGAUGCAUUAGAGGCCUGUAUUUGCACCAUGUCUACACACUGAACUCAUGCAAUGUCAAAACUAGAUCACUUUGCUUAUAAUAGAAUGGUUUCCUGAUCAUUUUUUGUUUGCAAAUAUCAUAUGUGUGAAUUGACCAAUGUUCAUUUUAAUUGUUAUGUAUUUGGACCAUUUCAUAAAAUCCAGCUUGUGAUGUUUCUGGUCAAUUGAAAUCACAUUGUUUCUAACCAUAUGCAGGGGGCCAGAAUUUUGAAAGGAUUAAGAUUUUCAAUUGUUUUUGAAAGAAGUCUGUUCUGCUUUCCAAGGCUGCAUUUAUUUGAUGAACAAUACUGUAAAAAUAGUGAAAUAUUAUUAAAGCUCAAAUUAAGUGUUCCCUAUGUGAAUAUAUGGUAAAAUGUAAUUUAUUUCUGUGGUCAAAGCUGAAUUUUCCGCAUCAUUACUCCAGUCUUCAGUGUCAAUCAUACUUAGACCUUGCUUUUGAAUGAUAGUCUAUCCCAAUUUUGAGUCAGCACAAGUGUUUUUAACAUUGAUAAUAAUAAUAAAUGUUUCUUGAGCCCCAAAUCAACAUAUUAAAAUUAUUUAUGAAGAUCAUGUGACACUGAAGACUGGAGGAAUGAUGCUGAAAGUUCAGCUUUGAUCACAGAAAUAAAUUCUAUUUUACUAUAUAUUCAUGUAGAAAACAGUUAUUUUAAUUUCUAAUAAUAUUUCACAAUUUUACUGUAUUGUGUUUAUGCACAAUGUCAGUAUGUAAAAUUAUAUUGCUGUUCCAAAACAACUAAUGCAAAGUACAUUUAGAAUUUUCUUUCAUGGUACAAUUCAACAUCAGUCCCUUCAAGUGAAAACACUGUGUUAUACUUUAUACUAAACCUUCUGUGGUUCAUAGAUAAUUCAACAAAAGGUCUAUAGAAUUCACUGUUAUACUUUACCAGAUCUUUAUUCAAGCAGCUUUCUGUGAGAGAAAUGGUUUGUUAAAUGUUUGAACUUGUCUUUUGCAGUUGUGAGCUUCAGUAAUGUGACUUUUUUAUCGUGUGCUUAUGCAGUGUGAUUAGUGUAAAGCAAUAGAUAAUUUUCGUGCAGCAUGUUUUACUACUCCAGUAUUCAAUAAUCUAUGUUUUACGGAAGCCUGAAAGAUGUUUACUUGUCAGGAAACUACUGUCACAAUGUAGUAAUUAUAGCUUCAUUUUAUUUUGCAAAACAUAAUUUUCUUCUGCUUUUGGGGUGAUAUAUGGCCUGGUGUGGCCGGUUGCAUAAACAGUUUAGACUGAUUAUUUUAAGGCCGCUACAUAAACAUAGAUUGGUUGAACUUGAA